CACGAGGCGCUCGCCGGCAACGACAUAACACAUACUGACACGGAAUCUGAUACUGAAAACAUAUAUACUAGACACUGUAUCAUUAACAAUCGUACAACAACUAGUGGCACAGACAAUGAUAAUGAAAAUAUAUAUGCUAGAGACUGUAAGAGGAUGUUUAUAUGCGAUCUUUGUGGCAAAAAGUUCGCUUUGAAGGCGGGUUUAAUGAAACAUGUUGUAAUCCAUAUACAUGUACCUACUAACGCUGGAUCGAUUGAGCCAAAUAAUUCACAAUACAAAGUAAGCAUAAAUAUCUUGAAUGAAAAUUCAGAUAUAGAUGAAUAUGUGUGUGACACUUGCAGAAAAACAUUUCGCCGCAAAUAUGACUUGAUUCGCCAUAUACAAAACACGCACACGCAAACAAGUUCUAAAAUAAUAAAACCAGAGCCAACGGUCUAUGAAUGUAAUAAAGAAGGUAAGAAAACAUAUUCCUGCGCCACAUGUGGAAUACAAUUUACACAAAAAAUGUAUUUGAUUACACAUAAACGAAUUCACACAGACAAAAGGCCUUAUUCGUGUAAAACAUGUGAAAAACGUUUUAAAACUUCUGGUUGUUUGAAAAUUCAUGAACGUAUUCAUACUGGUGUAAAGCUAUAUUCGGGCGAACCGUGUAACAAGCAGUUUCAGGAUGUGCGACUAUUAAACAAACAUAAAAAAGUUCAUACAGGUGAAAAACCAUACAUGUGCGAAAUAUGUAAAAAACAGUUUUCGAGCAUACAGUUUUUAAAUAUACACAAAGUUACCCACACGGGUAUUACGUGUGAAAUUUGUAAGGAACAUUUUAGGCUAUGGGAAAAAUUUCGAAUUCAUAAGCGAACUCACACAGGCGGGACGAUAUAUACGUGCGCGGUGUGUAAUAUGAAGUUUGCAAGUGUCUGGAAAUUCAAUGCGCACAAUCGGACACAUACAAACGAGACGCCAUACGCAUGUGGAAUAUGUGGAAAGCGGUAUACACGAGCUUCUCAUUUAACGAGACAUAAUCGGUAUCACACUGGUGAAAAACCGUUCUCCUGCAAGAUGUGUGAUAAGAAAUAUUCGGAACAAGAUUCUUUGAGCAAACACAUACUAAGCCAUACUAGAGUGAAGCCUUAUUCUUGCUAUGUCUGCAAAAAACGGUUCGCGGAUAAGGGCUAUUUGAACAAACACAUACUAAGCCAUACUGGAGCGGAGCCUUAUGCUUGCAAAAUCUGCAAAAAACGGUUCGCGAAAAAGGGCAAUUUGAAAACACACGUAAUAAGCCAUACUGGAGCGAAGCCUUAUUCUUGCGAAAUCUGCAAAAAACGGUUCGCGCAUAAGUGCAAUUUGAACACACACAUACGAAGCCAUACUGGAGCGAAGCCUUAUUCUUGCGAAAUCUGCAAAAAACGGUUUGCGCAAAAGGGCAAUUUGAAAACACACGUAAUAAGCCAUACUGGAGCGAAGCCUUAUUCUUGCGAAAUCUGCAAAAAACGGUUCGCGCAUAAGUGCAAUUUGAACACACACAUACGAAGCCAUACUGGAGCGAAGCCUUAUUCUUGCGAAAUCUGCAAAAAACGGUUCGCGCAUAAGUGCAGUUUGAACACACACAUACUAAGCCAUACUGGAGCGAAGCCUUAUUCUUGCGAAAUCUGCAACAAACGGUUCGCGCUAAAGUUCAAUUUGAAUACACACAUACGAAGCCAUACUGGAGCGAAGCCUUAUUCCUGCGAAUUCUGCAAAAAGCGGUUCGCACACAAGGGCAGUUUAAAAACACACAUACUAAGCCAUACUGGAGCGGAGCCUUAUGCUUGCAAAAUCUGCAAAAAACGGUUCGCGCAUAAGAGCAGUUUGAAAACACACAUAAUAAGCCAUACUGGAGCGAAGCCUUAUUCUUGCGAAAUCUGCAAAAAACGGUUGGCGCAUAAGAGCAGUUUGAAAACACACAUAAUAAGCCAUACUGGAGCGAAGCCUUAUUCUUGCGAAAUCUGCAACAAACGGUUCGCGCAAAAGAGCAAUUUGAAUACACACAUACUAACCCAUACUGGAGCGAAGCCUUAUUCUUGCGGUAUCUGCAAAAAAUGGUUCACGCAAAAGGGCUAUUUGAACAAACACAUACUAAGCCAUACUGCUGCUUCUGCUGCUACUAUUCUUGCUUAAGAUCAGAUAUUUUAAGAAUUUAAAAAACCAUAAUAUGCGAUGUACGUUAAAUGAACUUUUAGCACUCGCCACGUUU